AUGGUUGUCAAAGAAUUCAAAAAUUCUUUAUAACUUAAAAACUACAAGAACUAAGUAAUGGCUAUAAAUCAAAGUUACAAGGAGCUAUAAUAGAGAUUUGAGAAAAUUGAUGAGGAAACUAAAAACUUAUCUAUAAAUGAUGAUUUAAUGUCGAAAUCUAAAAUUUACACUUCAGAGCUUGAUGAUAUAAAAGAUAAGCUUGAAUUUUUCACAAAGAACAAUGAACUUAAGGAUAAAUGCAGGAUAAGAAUGAUUACAAAUUAGCAAUCACUCAAGAGAGAAAUAAUAUAAACUGUCAAAAAUAGUGUUAGAAUUUAGUUUCCGUAGAAUGAUUAAAACUUUUUAAAGCAGUUUGAUAACUAUUUUACUACAAAGUUAUAAAGUGAUAGCAACACAGGAUUUGUAAUGAAAAAAGAAAAUAUCCUUAACUCAGAUAUUCAAAAAAUGACUCCAGGAUUGCUAAGUACUAGAAGAACACAUAAAUUAAUGGGAAAAAAUAAUACUACAUCAGUCUUGAAGGAAAUUGAAUUGAGAAUCUCUGAUUAAAUUCAUUAUGCCGUUGCUGAGAAUGAACAAACAACCAAAUAGUUCGAUUUAGAAAUGCUUUUGCAUAAUAGGAAUAAUAAAUACAAAGGGGAAAUGGAAUAAUUAGCUGGCACAAGCGAAUUAAUUAAAAGUGGGAUUGGAGAGAUGCAAUACUAUGAUGGAUCUAACUAUAUUGGAGAAUGGCACAUCGAUAAAAAGCACGGGCAUGGAACAUACAUAUCUAAUGCUAAGGAUAAAUAUAUGGGUUAAUGGUUUGAUGACAUGAAACAAGGAAAAGGAAAGAUCGAAUACUAAGAUGGUAAAAUUUAUGAAGGGGAUUGGAAGUUUGACCUUUAAAAUGGCAACGGUACUAUGAGAGAUCCUGACGGAUAUUAUUAUGAAGGAUAAUGGAUGCAAGGUUUGCCUCAUGGAUAAGGUUUUGCAUUCUUUAAGGAUGGAUCUAGAUAUACUGGGACUUUUGUACAAGGUGAUAGAAGUGGAUUUGGAGUAAAUACAUUUAAGGAUGGAGCUGAAUAUGAAGGUGAAUGGUUCAAGGAUAAAAUGCAGGGACAAGGCACCUUCAAGUAUAAUGAUGGCAAGAUCUAUAUAGGUAAAUUUGAAAACGGCCAUAAGCACGGGAGAGGAGAGCUUACAAAGUUGGACGGGAAAAUUAUUGAAGGAGAUUGGAUUAAUGAUGCACUUGUAAAAAUUAUUAGGGAAAUAUCUAAUUGA